AUGGAGCGGACCUUACGGCAUCCGACCAUCGUGGUCGAGACGGACCUGGAAGAGUCCUUCGGCCGACGCCGCUCCUCGCGGCGGACGUCGGGGCUGAGUCGGCCCAGCCUCGACACGCCCCAGGAAGGCCCCUUCGAAAUUGGCAACCUGGAAGUGGCCAGACAGCUCUUGGUGCAAAUCUGCACUGACCUGAAUGUUGGCGCCCCGGUUCCAGAGUCGACCAGGUCGGAGGCUUCGCUACCGGCGUCCUCCGAAAGCUUAGGAGCGGAGUCGCAAGCUUCCGGCAAGAAGGAGGGCUACGUUGCGCUGGGUUCUGCUGAGCUGUUUGAGGUUCAGCGGAUUCUCACUGCGCGGGCAUCUGGCGGCUACACGCAGCAACAAGCAAGUCGACUGGCUCAGUACUUCAAGACGAUGCACUUCUUCCGGAGGCUCGCGUCCGAUCAGCUCCUGGAGCUGCUGAAGCACGCGGAGUUCUUGGAUGUGGAGCUCGGCGAAAUGAUUUACAAGGAUGGCGACCCAAUCGGCCAUGUGUACGUGGUUGUCAAUGGCUCCGUCACCAUCGAGCGGGCAUUGGAGGGCGCAGAUGGCGUCCGUGUCUUCGCCACCAGCGUCUUUGACGGCCGUGCCUUCGGCGACGGCUGGGACGGUGGCCGAAGUCGGGCGUCCACCGAUGUGCGCUGGACCACGGCCGUGGCACAGGAGAGAUCGCUGCUGCUGCGCUUCAGCACGCCAGUCUACAUGGAAGUCCUUCAGAAGGACGACGUGUGCUCAGAGAAUGCAUCGCGACUCAAAUCCUUGCCCUUCCUCUCCGAAUGCAGCGCCAGCGAGUUGGAGAUGUUGCUCAUGACCCUGGAGACCGGCUUCGCGGGCUAUGCCUCCACAGUGCUCCGGCGAGGGGAGCGGCCCCACCGAUGCCGCAUCCUCGCAGAAGGACGGCUUAGCCUCCUUACGGAUGCCAAGCUGGAGGUGAAGGAGCUGGUCCCAGGUUCCUUCUUCGGUGUCGGGGCCAUCCUUUCUGGGCGCGGAAGCUGCAGCUACUCCUCGGAGGUCGAAGUGACGGUGACAUCCAUGGUGGCCCACUUCUACCUGAUGUCGAGGAAGUCGCUGUCCCCGCUGCCAGACAUUGUCCAGGAAAGCAUCCUUGACAGCGUGCGCCGGAUGAUUGAUGAUUGCCAGGACCCGAUUCAGGAUGAUGGUCGCCAUGUCAUCCGUCGAGACCAGGAGUGGCGGCUUCGAAAGCAGCGGAGCCUGGCGGAGGUCAAGCGGACCUCCGGUCGAAACGCGGCGAGCGCUGGGGAGAUGCGGCCGCGAUCGGCCGUGGCUGGAAAGCGAUGGUGCCCAGCCGGGCCCGGCAGGCCCUUUGCGGAGAGCCUCGAAAGCCCUCCUACACCCUCUGCGCCCCGGCGCCGAGGUCGCGCCGGCAGCUCCGGUCGCUCGGAGCUCCAAAGGUCGAACUCCGGUCGCUCGGAGCUCCAGAGGUCGAAGUCCGGGCCAGGACGCCUCAAGUCGAACGAACGUCUCAGCAUGACGGCUUCGGGGCCACUCACGCCGUCUUCUCUGGCAAGGACUCAGACGCCGAUGAUGCGGAGCACCACUCCUUCGUCUUUCCUGCGCGCAACGACACCCUCUAUGCUGUCAAGGACGAUGUAUUCUCCUGACGGCCGUCCCCUGGCCAUCUUCUGCCGCACGCCGGAGGGCUUCGAGCUGCUCCCGAACCCUGCGCCACUGAAUUGCGUGGACCGCCGCCACCGCCCGGAUCGGGCUCCUGCGACCCCACUGGCGGCAAGAACGUCGUGA